AUGUCCCCCAACCCCCUCCAAGACGUCCCCCCACACAUCCUCACCCUCCUCUCAGACCUCCACACCAAAUCCCUCUCCCAAGAAGCCGCGCUCCCCCCCUCCGUCUUUCAAAACAAUGACUUUGACACCAUCAUGCGCGACAAAUUCAUCGCUCUCGACCAGGACAAAUCCCAAUUCAUCUACCAGCUCGCACGAUCCAUCAAUGCCAAAACCAUCGUCGAGGCGGGCACCUCCUACGGCGUGAGUACCAUCUACCUUGCGCUGGCUGUGAGUGCGAAUCUCGCCGCCACGGGUGGUGAAGGGCGUGUGAUUGCGACGGAGAAUGAGCCCGAGAAGGCGAGGCAGGCCAGGCAGAAUUGGGAAUUGUGUGGGGAUGUCGUGAGUGGUGUUGUUGAAUUGCGAGAGGGAGAUUUGAGAGAGACGUUGAAGGGUGAUGUGGGGGUUGUGGAUUUGUUGUUGUUGGAUAUCUGGACGCCUAUGGCUCUGCCCACGCUGAAACUGAUUCAACCGCGCAUGCGCCACGGGGCAGUCGUCAUCGCAGACAACACCAUCAAAGGCGCUCGUGGAUAUGAAGAUCUACUCAACUAUCUGCGCGCCCCCGACAGCGGAUUCACCAACUUGACACUCCCGUAUACAAACGGCCUCGAGAUGAGUGUAUAUCUGCCUAAGCAGUAG